AGAGCUCGUGGAAGUCGUGUGAGUUGGGGAUCAUAGUAAUUAGGGUGGGCCUUACCACUCUUGAUUUGUACCAUCACAUCAUAUGUAUCUCGUGCUUCCACUUUCUUCAUUCCUUUCUCUAAUUUAUACCUCUCUUCUCUUCCCCCCUCCAUCUCCCUCCCGCCUUCUCAUUUCAACGUCUAAUAUUAUACUUUUCUAUAUUUCUUCGUAUCCGCCAUGGCCAGGGCUACCGUCGAGCUCGAUUUCUUCGGCAUCGAGAGGGAUCAGUCCUCUUCCAUAUCUCAGUUCCAGAAGUUCCUCCAUCGCCAACGAAGCUUUCGAGGUUUUCAAAGCGCCAUUUCGAAGAUUAACCCUGAGGUUCUGAAAUCUGUGAUUGGGAACCGGAAAUUAGACAUUAAUGGCGUUCCGUUUGAAGACUCGAAGAAAUCGUUUUCGGUUCCUUCUAGCCCCAAAUCGGAUAAGACACUAUUUCCUGUUUUGCCUGUUUUUGUGCCUAACGCUUCCAGGGCAACUUCUGAGAACCUUCCUGAAACAACUCCAUUAACUAUUUUCUAUAACGGAAGCGUCUCUGUUUUCGAUGUUCCUCGAGAUAAGGCUGAGAACAUUCUAAAGAUUGCCAUAGAAGGAAGCAACAAUGUUAUUGAAUCAACCACAGUUGAUCCGAAUCCAACACCACCUCUUUCAAACGACCAAACACACCUCCUUGAUCCUCUCAAUGGAGAUCUGCCGAUUGCACGUCGGAAAUCGUUGCAGAGAUUUUUGGAAAAACGCAAAGAAAGGUUAACAUCAGUAUCACCGUACAUGUGCGAUAAUUAAAGCGUCAAAAACGCGUUGUGACUCAUAUGACUUCUUCACAAAGGCAAAGAAAUCGACUAAAAUACCGAAAGAAGAAGCUGAUAAAUAUAUAUAUAUAUAAUAUAUAACAUAAUUCAAGACAUUAGCAUAUAUAUGACUAUAGCUAAUUGUCUUGAAAUAAUUAGUUAAUUAUAUAUAUACAUAAAUAGUAUUUUACUCGUUUUCUUUUUUAAAGGAGUUGAAGCAGGUUGCCUUUUUCCUCCUUUUCAUGAAAGAGUACAGUACCUACUUAUUACUACUAGAAAUUAUAUUGAAGGGAAGUAGGGACUUGCGUAGUGGUUCAGUUUCACGUUUUAGUAAUGGCUCUUCUAACGUACCUUUGUUUGCUUGUAAUUUUUUCUCUCUUUUUUUGGGCAAUUAAAUUGCUGUCUGUCUACUCUUAUUUCCUAUCAUAUAUUAUUUUCUUUAUUUAUUUGUAAGAGUACAUUAUUACUAAUUACAGGGGAGCCCACACAAUCACAUGUAUAUUAACUACUUUAUACUACUAAUAUUAUUAAUAUAUAUAUAUUUUUUUUUAUUUUAUUCAA